AUGGCAGCCACCCCCUCCAGUGGCUCGCUCGUGGCUACCCAUGACUACUACCUGCGUCACCUGGGCACCACUUCCACUAACAGCUCCUGCGGAAGUGCCGAGUGCCCUGCGAAAGCCACCCCACACCACCCUGGUGUUCCCAAGGCCGACCCGGGUCACUGGUGGGAGAGCUUCUUUUUUGGGAAGUCCACUCUCCCGCUCAUGGUCACUGUGUUGGAAUCCCCAGAGCCCUUGAAAUCUCCCCAGGCCUCCAGCAACAUGAUCACCUGUGACCUGGCUCAGGAAGCCACGAGGAAGCCACCUGGCAGCCAGCCCAGCAAAGUCAAAGUCAGGUUUCUGUCCUGA